UCAUAUAGCACCGAAUGAAUGUCAGUGAUUGAUUCUAUUUCUAUAUAUUUAAUUUAAGAAGCUUGUGUUGUUGUGUUGUUGUAGUAGUCUUUGACCUGAGAAGAUGCAUAUGAAGGCAAAGAGAGGAAAACGUUCAGAGGCCUUUUGGCCUUCCAUUGUGAUGAAAAAGUGGCUGAAUAUUAAGCCUAAGGCCAAUGAUUUUAGUGAAGAUGAAGUUGAUGCUGAAACUGAAACAGAAACUGAGAGUGAAGAUGAUGGUUCUGUUAAGGAUUCAAGAACUCGAAUGCUCCAAGAUAAUCCACCUAGAACUCAAGGGAACCAAUGCAUAUUCCAAAGUCAAUUAUCAUCAGCUUGCAAGGGAAACAAGACAAGACACAGAAGAGGGAAAUCAGAAACACUUCGUGCUCAGUACAUAAAUUCUAAGGAAGUGAGGGUAACAAUUGGAACUUGGAAUGUUGCUGGAAGAACUCCAAGUGAAGAUCUUGGGAUUGAUGAAUGGCUUUCUACUCAAGAACCAGCAGAUAUUUACAUUCUGGGGUUUCAAGAGGUAGUUCCAUUGAAUGCUGGAAAUGUACUAGGAGCAGAGGACAAUGCACCAAUCAGAAAAUGGGAAGCAAUCAUUAGAGGAACACUAAACAAGUCUUGUGAGCCUGAUGGAAUACACAAAAGUUACAGCGCGCCUCCUUCGCCGGUGCUAAGAACUACUUCUGCUGAUGAUAUUCUUCUAGCAGAGAAUAUAGAUGGUAAUGCAAUAGAUAUGGUGAUGAAUGAGGAGUAUGUGGGAACUGUAGCUGACAAUUAUGAUCUGCAUCAGCAGAAUGAAGCUAAAGAUAUAAUUGGGAUAAGCAAGAGUUUGGAGUUGAGAAAAAUCUAUGGCCUUGAUCUUCAGAAGAUAAUAGAUUGGCCUGAAAGACCACUAGAUGCAAUCCCACAAAUUGUUGAUUCAGAUGCAAAGUUGAGGAGAGUACUAAGUAGCUCAGCAAGAAUUGGAUUUAACAGGAAUGAAAGUUCUUUGAUAUAUGGUGCUGGAUUGAAGCGCUCGCACCAUAGUUCUGGAAACUUGGGAUUGUUGUGGAAAGAGCAGAAAGUGAUACCUGAAAUAGUUGAGUCCUUAGAUGAAGUCACUGACCUGUUAACAGCUGAGGAAGAUGAUGCUUUUGUUGAGUUACCCGAAAGCCAUGUUCAUGACAAUGAAGAUGGAUUAAGUGCCUUGAAUUCGCGGCCGAGGUAUGUUCGGAUCGUCAGCAAGCAAAUGGUAGGGAUCUAUGUCUCUGUUUGGGUGCAGAGGAAGUUGAGAAGACACAUUAACAAUUUGAAAGUUUCUCCUGUUGGUGUUGGUCUCAUGGGCUACAUGGGAAACAAGGGUUCUGUUUCAGUUAGUAUGUCUCUCUAUCAGUCACGCCUGUGCUUCGUUUGCUCCCACCUUACUUCCGGCCAAAAGGAUGGAGCUAGGCGAAACUCCGAUGUUCACGAAAUCCUAAGAAGAACUUGCUUUUCAUCAUCUUCUGUCUUUGAUACAGAUCAACCACAAACAAUCCCAUCUCAUGAUCAGAUUUUCUGGUUUGGGGAUUUGAAUUAUCGUAUUGACAUGUUGGAUACCGAGGUUCGAAAGUUGGUGGCUCUAAAGAAGUGGGAUCAACUUAAGAAUAAUGAUCAACUAAGCAAAGAAUUGCGAGAGGGGCAUGUAUUUAGUGGAUGGAGAGAGGGAUUGAUAAACUUUCCACCAACUUACAAGUAUGAAUUUAACUCUGAUAGAUAUGUUGGUGAGAACACAAAAGAAGGUGAAAAGAAGAGAUCUCCAGCAUGGUGUGACCGUAUAUUGUGGCUAGGGAAAGGUAUAAAGCAACUUCAAUAUGAACGUGCAGAAAUUAAGCUCUCAGAUCAUAGACCUGUUAGUUCAAUAUUCUUGGUUGAAGUUGAAGUAUUUGACCACCGAAAACUUAAGAGAGUUUUAAAUGUCAAUAGUGCAGCAAUACACCCUGAGAUCUUUCUUGAUGAAGAUGGUGAGAUAGAAUCAUAUUAUUAGAUAUGAGGCAUUCAUUCAAGAACCGGAGCAAUCAAUAUACUUGGGUGUGAGAUCUCUUCUGUCUUUGAAGUCAUGUGGCAAAUUUAUAAGGAGCAUUAUGGCAAAUCUGAGUUACAUGGAAGCCAAUAGGCAUAGCCAUAUAAUUAUUACACUAAAAAGAAUAUGUACAUAGUAAUAGGCUGAUAUAUAAAUAGGGGUUCUUUUUCCAUCUUUGGUAAA